UCUCUUUUGUUGGGAUUGAUCUACAUUUUCCGAAAUCCAAACAACCAUUUCUUUCUUCCUUUCUUCUCUUGUUGCUCCAUGGGUGGAUUCCCCAUGACCAUGAAUCCACCGUCAACAAAUCGCAGAUAAAACAACAAGGAGAAAGAGAAAGAGGUAAUCAAAGAAAGAAAAAUAAUUCAAUCAUCCAAAUCAUAUCUUCAGUUCUCAUUUGAUGCUCGCUCUGAAUUCUUAUUUGAUGUUCGAUAUAAUCAGAUGAAAUCCCGUUUGUCUUGUUCUAAUUCAUUGCAUUCAGGGUUGUACGAAGGAAAAAAGUGCAACUUUCCCCCAUUCUGCUUAUCAUUCAACAUCUAUUUUUAAUUUUGGUAGUUCGUGUUAUGCAUAUUUUGUGAAUUGUUAACCUCAAAAAUCAAAUGUACGACAUGGUGGAUGAUACCGUUCGCACAUUAUCACUAGACCACCUUCGUGAUUAAUGAGUGUUAUCUCUUCUCGUCUAUAUCUUCAGAAUGGGAGGCUGCAUCUCUUCCGCCGCCAAAGCCGGCCGCGUCCUCUCCUUCCGGUUCAGCAGCCGCCGCCCGCCGCCGCCGUACUCCGACUACAGCAAGACCCCGCGGAAGCUCGCCACGUUCCGCGCCGCCGCGGUGGUGAAGGACCCCACGGGGGACAACAUCCACGACAAGUACACUCUGCACAGGGAGCUCGGCCGCGGCGAGUUCGGGAUCACGUACGAGUGCGUCGAAAAGGAGACCGGCGAGAGGUUCGCCUGCAAGACCAUCUCCAAGGCGAAGCUGCGGACGGAGAUCGACGUCGAGGACGUCCGGCGAGAAGUGGAGAUCAUGCGUCACCUGCCCAAGCACAGGAACAUCGUGGCGUUUAAGGAAGCGUACGAGGACAGGGAGAUGAUUUAUUUGGUGAUGGAGCUCUGCCAAGGCGGGGAGCUGUUUGAUCGGAUUGUGGCCAAAGGGCAUUACACCGAGAGAGCCGCUGUCAUGGUCACCAAGACCAUUUUGGAAGUCGUUAAGGUGUGCAAUGAACAUGGAGUGAUUCACAGGGACUUGAAGCCGGAGAACUUCUUAUUCGCGGAUGCAUCUGAAAACUCCGACCUCAAGGCCAUCGAUUUUGGUCUUUCCAUAUUCUUUGAACGUGAUGAACGUUUCAAUGAGAUAGUUGGAAGCCCAUAUUACAUGGCUCCUGAGGUGCUUAGAAGGAAUUAUGGCCCAGAGAUUGAUGUUUGGAGCUCUGGUGUCAUUCUUUACAUCUUGCUUUGUGGGGUUCCUCCAUUUUGGGCAGAGACUGAAGAAGGAAUUGCACAAGCAAUUGUAAGGGGGCAUUUGGAUUUUUCAAGGGAUCCAUGGCCUAAGGUCUCCAAAGAAGCCAAAAGCCUUGUUAAGAGCAUGCUUGAUCAAAAUCCUAACUCUCGACUAACCAUCCAAGAAGUACUUGAGCAUCCGUGGAUGCAAAAUGCGAGCGAGGCACCGAAUGUGUCCCUAGGGGAGAAUGUAGGAGCAAGGAUUAGACAGUUCUCUCUGAUGAAUAAGUUCAAAAAAAGAGUUCUUAGAGUGGUAGCAGAUAACUUACCCGACGAGCAAGUAAACCACAUAAGACAAUUAUUCCAAACAAUGGACGCCGACAAAAAUGGAGAUGUGUCAUUCGAGGAACUCAAAGACGGUCUUCUUAACACUGGCCAUGCUCUUCCUGAUCUCGAAGUCAAGAUGUUAAUGGACGCUGCGGAUUUCGACGGGAAUGGUACCUUGAGCUGGGACGAGUUCAUAGUAAUGUCGAUCCAUCUGAGGAAGAUUGCAAAUGACGAUAAUCUAGCUCGAGCGUUCAGCUACUUCGAUAAGAACAAGAGUGGUUACAUUGAGAUUGAUGAGCUGAGAGACGCCAUGAUUGAAGACCAUUCAGGCCCCAUCAACAUCGAGCAAGUGAUUAAAGACAUCAUGGUGGAUGUUGAUCUUGAUAAGGAUGGAAGAAUAAGUUAUGAAGAAUUCAAGGCAAUGAUGAAGAGUGGGAUGGAUUGGAAAAUGGCAUCUCGACAAUAUUCAAGGGCCAUGCUAAAUGCCCUAAGCAUCAAGUUACUAAAGGACAAAUCCUUGGCUCAAAUUAAGUAGUAGUGUUCAGAUUAAUCAAUGUUACUAAUCAAUUUGAAGAUCCCUUUUCUGUGUAUGUGCCAAUUUUAACCAAAUUAAGAGAAAUGUGCACCCUUUGACAAAAAAAAAAAAAAAAAAGAGAAAUGUGUACCAUUUUUAACCAAUCAUGCUAUCAUAAACAUGCUUUCCUCUUUAUAAUGAUAUCAAAGUUAGUUCUCGUGAUAAAACGUAGGGUCGUUUUGAAGUUGUGAUUGUCAAAUAGAUGUAUUGUUGAGAAUGCAUGUAUAAUAUUAUGCAUGUAUUGUCGAAUUUGAUGCAUUGUAGAAUACAACGUUUGGUAUGUGUGAUUGUGUAUGUCGCAUCAGCUAAAAGCUGAGACAAAACAAUCUCAACUCAACUAUCUCAACAAUCACAACUAAAAGUUGAGAUAUAACAAUCAUUCAAAAUGAGUGAAAGUUUCUGUCACAUCACAGAAACAAUUCAUGUAUUGUUUCUGCUAAAAAAACAAAAAAACAAUGCAUUGUAUCGCAACUACCAAACGAACGGUCGUUAGUAAUAUAUCGACACCAUCGACACCAUGUGCAUCAAGUAGUAAUAUGAAAGUUGACACAAUGUACUUGAAAUGAAUUGUCAACUCUAAA